CGAUCCCCAAGCCCGCUGCCCGGCACUCCGCCCCCGUCUCCCUCCACCACAGGAGGCGGAGCUGAGCCGCGGAUCCCGUCGCCACGGCAACGCCGCGGCCGCAAACUGCUCCCGGGACACGCGGCGGAUCCCACGGGCGCCGGACGGCGAGCGGCGGGAGCGGGCGUGGCCCCACGGAAAGCCUCAGACUCGUUGAGUCUCUCCUGCUCCUUCAGGAGCCUGCCAUACGCCUGGCCAGCAGUGUAUGAUGCCUCUCUUUGGGAACUCCUUCAGUCCGAAGAAGACGCCUCCCAGGAAAUGGGCCUCGCUGUCCAACCUGCACCUGCUGGAUAGAUCCACCCGUGAGGUUGAGCUGGGCCUGGAAUACGGCACCCCCACAAUGAACCUUGCUGGCCAGAGCCUGAAGUUUGAAAAUGGGCACUGGGUUUCAGAAUCAGGAAGCUUCCUGGGGGAUCGCAGAGAACUGCACCGCUUGCGCAAACGAAACCAGCAGCUAGAGGAAGAAAACAACCUACUUCGGCUGAAAGUGGACAUUCUGCUGGACAUGCUCUCUGAGACCACUGCUGAGUCCCACCUCAUGGAGAAGGAGCUGGAGGAGCUGAAGCAGCACAGCCGGAGGAAAAAGUGAACUAGAGGUGGCCAGGCUGGUUCUGGGUCUUGGCCCAUGGGAUGCUGGGGCUGGCUUGGGCCUGCCAGCCGUGUUGGUACUGUGCGGAGGUACUUUGUUCCACGGGACCACGAGUGCUGAGAUGCCUCCAGUGUUGUGUGGUGGCGUGGGUACUGCUAAUGGCUGAUUUGGCACCCAGCGCUGUUAAUAAGAACUAUUUUCCUCAGAGCACGUCACCUUGUUACCUUUCCUCACCGCAGCCCAGCAUAAGUACCCUCUUCUCUAAGGCAGCCGGGCAAGAGGCGGUGGAGAAGAUCCGUCUCCGUGGGGGCUCCUCCUCGCCUUCUCUGCUCCCGGAAGCGGGGAGACCUCUGCUCACUCCCCCUGGGGAGCCCGCGGGUGCUUGUACAAGCCUCACCGUCUGCCUUGGGCGAGCAGGAUGCUGGAAUUGCUCGUUCUCGAGAGUUUU